AUGGAACAAGUGUGCUCACUGUCCAAGUGCUCUGAAGUCGUCACAAUCCAAGAGGGUCAAAAAGUACCCAUGUUCAACGACAAGCCCAUUUGCGAAAAGUGCGACCGCUUCUUCCAUGCGCCCCUCCCUGUUUUUACUAAGAAACCAGAAUAUGCAAAGCGGCAGCUGUACAAAGAAUCAGAGGCUUACAAGAAAGAAGUGAUUCACGACGGACGAGCCCUUCUUGAUUAUCCGGCGCAUCUGCCGUUCCCCGAGCCAGGCUACGGGGUCAGACGCAUACAAGUGCCUGACGGGGAAGGUGGUAUGCGGUACAAGUACAUCACCCGCCGCGUGAUCACAAGAAGUGACGAUAUACCUAGCAAGCUCGUGAAGCGUAUCAAUGGGCGGCCCUUUGUUGAUAACUAA